AUGAAGCAGUUACUGCAGCCGAUCUCGUUCUCUGGUGCUGCGAGUGUGUUCGUCGACGAACUGGACGAGGAAGACCAACCCACGCGACUGUACGUGGCCAAUGUGGGCGACUGUCGAGCUGUUUUGUGCACUGCAGACGCCUUAGCAGUCGACAUGACGACGGAUCACAAGGCGUCGCUACCGGCUGAACAGGAGCGUAUCGAGGCGUCAGGUGGCUUCGUGCACAACGGCCGACUGGACGGCAUUCUGCAGAUCUCCCGUGGCUUCGGUGACUUGGCGCACAAACAGGAUGGCCACUUGGUGGUCACGCCAGAUGUGGUGGAGCAUCUCGUGAACCCGUCGGACCAGUUCUUGCUGCUUGCAAGUGACGGGCUCUUCGACGUGUUGACGUCGCAGCAAGCUGUCAACUUUGUGCUGCGUAAACUUCAGACCCAUGGAGACGUCCAACUCGCAGCUCAGGAGCUGGUGCUCAAGGCGCAAGCUUACUUCGCACACGAUAACAUCAGUGUGGUCAUUGUGGCGUUGAACCAGAAAGGUGACGCGUGAAAUGAACAGCGGCUUCUAUUGACUACGGAAGAUCGGAGACCGACGAAGAAGCAGAAAACCCGGAGAUCAAGCUCGAGAUCCAAGAAAUUAUGAACAAGA